AUGACGCCAGAAACAAGCAGGGCCGAUGGUGGCAUGCCCAAUCUGAAUCAUAUCCAUGAUUCCCUCAUUGAGAUAGCAUACAAAGCCGGAGAGAUCAUCAUGGGUGCUCUCCCCACUACGGAUGGUGUUGGAUCGAAGAAGAAUAGUGCGGAUCUUGUCACCCAAUAUGACCGUGCAGUUGAAGAAAUGAUAUCUGCAGCGCUGAAGGACAAAUACCCAGAUUACCAGUUCCAUGGGGAGGAAACAUAUGACCCAAGUCAUCCCUUGACUACUGCCCCCACUUUUGUGAUUGAUCCCAUCGAUGGGACAAUUAAUUUCGUGCAUGGCUUCCCUCAUGCUUGUGUGUCUCUUGGGUUUGUCAUUGACCGGGUUCCCGUAGUUGGUAUUGUAUACAAUCCAUUCGAUAACACCCUUUAUUCUGCCAUUCGUGGCCAAGGGGCGUUCCUGAACCGCAGUGUCAAACUUCCACUCAAGGGAAUAGACCUUGAGCCACUGCAAGGUCUGCAAAACUCUCUCAUCGCUGUUGAAUGGGGUUCCGAUAGAAUGGGGAGAAAUUGGGAAACAAAGGUGCGAACCUUGGAGAAGCUCGGCCAAGCUAAAGAUGAGGGCGGUGCAAUGGUUCGUUCGAUGCGUAGCAUGGGUUCGGCCGCACUCAACCUCUGUGCGGUGGCCGCCGGCACUCUUGACUUGUACUGGGAAGGCGGCUGUUGGGCGUGGGAUGUGUGCGCUGGCUGGGUUAUCCUCACUGAGGCCGGUGGUAUCAUGGUUGACGGUAAUCCCGGCGGGUGGCAGGCCGUCAUAGACGGAAGGGUCUACCUCGCUGUUAGAGCUUCUCCAAGCCAGAUUGGUCAAAGAGAGCUUGUUGAGGAAUUCUGGGGAAAUAUUCAAGGGAGGCUUGAGUAUUGA